GUUAUGCGGAUAUUCAGCUGUACAGACUACAGAAACCCGUUCAUGACCUUGCGAACCAUUUAUCUUCCUAGGUCCUGCAACUCCAUAAAGCACCACAAGCCAAGCUUCUACUUCGGUUACAUUUAGCGCUUCUAUACCAAUUCUGCAAGUAUCAGUACUGAUUUGCAGCGUGUGAUGCGAAGAUGAAUUCAUUCUCAGUCACGCGGAAAAAAACUCCUUUUCAGAAGCACAGAGAAGAGGAAGAGGCGAAGAAAAAGAGAGCGGAGGAUGAAACUGCUCGACUCUAUGCUGAAUUCGUGGAGUCAUUUCAAGGGGAUUUCACACCGGGAUCAAAGGCAUUUGUUAGAGGAGGAACAAUAAAUCCCAAUGACAGAAUUAAACCAGAAGCUGAAGGUGGGAAUUCCAAAGAUGGGGUGUCUGUUCCAAAGAAGGGAAGUAGAUAUGUUCCAUCGUUCAUACCACCUCCUAUGGCAACCAAAGGAAAAGAACCUGAAAAAAAGAAAGAGGAGGAAAAGCCAAAGGAGAAAGAAAAAGGAAAGUCGCGGAACAUAGAUCACUUUAUGGAGGAGUUGAAACUUGAGCAAGAGAUGCGAGAAAGGCGCAAUCAAGAGCGUGAGGGUCGCCAUAGUGAGAGCUCUGCUCUACCUUUCCGAUUUGAUGAGCUACCAGAUGAUUUUGAUCCAAGUGGGAAGCUUCCUGGAUCAUUUGAUGAAGGGGAUCCUCAAACUACAAAUCUUUAUGUUGGGAAUCUUGCACCUCAGGUUGAUGAGAAUUUUCUUUUGAGGACUUUUGGAAGAUUUGGGCCCAUUGCUAGUGUGAAAAUAAUGUGGCCUAGGACAGAAGAGGAAAGGAGACGGCAAAGAAACUGUGGUUUUGUUGCUUUCAUGAAUAGAACUGAUGGUCAGGCUGCAAAGGAUGAAAUGCAAGGGGUUGUUGUCUAUGAGUAUGAGUUGAAGAUUGGCUGGGGUAAGUCUGUCUCUCUUCCAUCACAAGCCCUUCCUGCUCCCCCGCCAGGGCAUAUGGCCAUCAGGAGUAAGGAGGGUGGUACUGUGAUCUUAUCUGGUCCUGAGGGCCCUCCAGUUACGUCUGUUCCUAAUCAGAGCUCUGAGCUGGUUCUUACUCCUAAUGUUCCUGAUAUAACGGUUGUUCUGCCGGAGGAUGAUCAUCUCCACCAUGUGAUUGAUACAAUGGCUUUGCAUGUUCUUGAUGGAGGAUGUGCUUUUGAGCAAGCUAUAAUGGAGAGAGGUCGUGGGAAUACACUUUUUAACUUUUUAUUUGAACUAGGGUCAAAGGAGCACACAUACUAUGUUUGGAGGCUGUAUUCGUUUGCUCAGGGUGAUACUCUUCAGAGGUGGCGAACAGAGCCUUUCAUCAUGAUUACUGGAAGUGGGAGAUGGAUACCACCCCCGCUGCCGGUUACAAAGAGCCCAGAACAUGAGAAAGAGUCUGGCACUACAUUUGCUGCAGGAAGAAGCAGGCGUGUAGAACUUGAACGGACAUUGACAGACACCCAGAGAGAUGAGUUUGAAGAUAUGCUUAGGUCUUUAACAUUAGAAAGGAGCCAGAUAAAAGAAGCCAUGGGAUUUUCCCUCGAUAAUGCUGAUGCAGCUGGGGAGAUUGUUGAGGUUCUUACUGAAUCCUUGACACUUAAAGAGACACCUAUCCCAACUAAGGUUGCAAGACUCAUGCUCGUUUCUGAUGUCCUUCAUAACAGUAGUGCUCCUGUAAAGAAUGCAUCUGCAUACCGUACAAAAUUUGAAGCUACCUUACCUGACAUAAUGGAGAGCUUCAAUGAUUUGUACCGCAGCAUCUCAGGAAGGAUCACCGCCGAGGCCCUUAAGGAACGGGUUUUGAAGGUUCUUCAAGUGUGGUCAGAUUGGUUUCUCUUUUCAGAUGCAUAUGUAAAUGGGCUGCGGGCUACUUUUCUUCGACCUGGUAACUCUGGGGUGUUACUUUUUCAUUCAAUAUGUGGGGAUGUGCCAGAAACUGAAGGUAAAAAAGGAUCUGAAGAUAUAGCUUAUGGGGGUAAGCUCAACCAAGAUGCUGCAUUAGCAAUGGGGAAAGGAGAUGCAAUGAAGGAGUUGUUAGGUCUCCCACUUGCUGAGCUGGAAAGACGAUGCAGACAUAAUGGGCUGUCACUAGUUGGUGGUAGGGAGAUGAUGGUUGCACGCUUGCUUAGUCUUGAAGAUGCUGAGAAACAAAGGGUUUAUGAACGAGAUGAUGAUAUGAAGUAUGGGUCAAGCCACUCAAAUUCAAAUAGAUACUCCAAGGAUGACACUGGCUGGAGUAUAAAUACUGUUGGUCAUAGAGAAAACAACCUUGGAACAGAACCAGUGAGCUCUUCAGGAUGGACUCAUUUUGAGGAUGACAAGUUGCGAUCUCAAGACAAAGGUUCUUCUGCACCUUUCGCUCCAACCCUUCCUAUUCCAGAGCCAGAACUAAAACUCUUUGCAAAGAAAGGCAUAUCUGAUCCUGUCUUGCUAGUUUCUAAAUGGGCUUGUGAGGAUGAUGGCAGUGAUGAUGAAGAUAAGAGCAAUGCUCUGGGUCUGGGUUUGAGCUACUCCUCUUCUGGAAGUGAAAAUGCUGGUGAUGAUCCUCGCAAGGCUGAUGAAGUAGAGGUUGCAACUGAUGUAAAUAUUCUGUCACAUCCUGACAGUGGCAUGAGUGAAGAACAGAGGCAAAAGUUGAGGCGUCUGGAGGUUGCUGUCAUGGAAUAUCGUGAGUCACUUGAAGAGCGGAGUGUCAGAAGCUCAGAGGAAAUUGAGAGAAAAGUGGCGAUCCACCGGAGUCGGUUACAAGCAGAGUUUGGAUUAUCAGAUACAAAUGAAGAUUUUUCGGGAAAUAGUAGGCAUUCAUCACAAAGGUCAUCACUGGAGACGAAGGACAGGCGAGAUGAUUCCCGUGAUUCUACACGGAAGCGACGUCGCAGCCAGAGUCAGAGCCAGAGCCAUAGCCGAAGUCCGCAGCGCAAGUCUUUGACUAGAGAUAAGGAAAGGGAUAAUGACAUGGAUAGGGAUUGUGAGAGGCCCUGUGAUAAAAAUAAAUCUCACGACCUUGAAAAUGAAGGGGGAAGGAGGGAUCGCGAGAAGAGUGGAAGCAGGGAGAGGGAUGAUCAUGAUAGAGAUAAAGGCAGAGAAAGAGACAGGGAUCGACGGAGAAGGAUGAAAUGAAAUGGCUGCCAUUAUUGUCAUGUUUUUUUUUUUUUUUUUUUUUUGGUUUUUCCCUCCAAGGUUAAAUUAUGCCUGUAAGAGAAAUGUUUGGACUACAAGAGUGAGAAAGGGGUAGUGGGUCAUUGGAGUUACAUUUUCUUGUAUGAGGUUUGCAAAGGAGAGAUGCACUGUUGAAGCAAUUAACUGCAUUUUUUGCAGGGCACUAGUUCUUUCAAAUGAGGUGAUGGUUUGAGGAUCAUGGGAACCAUUUGAAGAUGAAGGGAAACCUUGGUUCAAGGUUCACGGUUUCUCAGUUUCAGAUGGCCUUAAAAGCAUUAGUUCUUAAAAUAGGUAAAGAUCUUGGAGAGAACAUUUUUACAUUCUCUUUUUCCAAUGUUUUCUAUUGGAAUUAUGUUGUAGGUAGGAUUAAUUGUUAACUAGUUAAUUAAGUUUCAUGAGGGAUUG